AUGGAUAUGGAAGAUUUUGAUUUUGAGAAUUUUGACGAUGAUUACGAUCUUCGAACCCCCGGAAGAACCAGAAGUCCCAGCGUAAAUACCCCCACCGAAGAGCCCAACCGAGCCGACACUGCAACGCCUACGAAUCGACUCCCACUGCUGCGACUGAAUGACUGGGAGGCCGACAGGCAAUAUGACAGAAGUAACCCAGUCUGUAUCCAUUACGAUUUCGUAUGGAAAGUGUCCCUCCGUGAAAAUAUUAGACGACGGCCGAUUACCGGAAACGAUCAGCCGGAUGAUCUUGUCCUUGCUCCGAGUGUUUUCUGGAAGGAAAUAUUCCAAGCACAGCUUGAGAGUACCAUAGCGAGUGACGAGAGACUUCCAGGACGAGAAUAUACGUGCGAAGAGACCAUCGUCGCUAUAUCGAUCGAGAAUACACGCGGCCGUGGCCUGAAAGACAAGGUGUCAGGCCACAACAUUAGAUGGAGCGUUGUUGACCAGCACCUCGAAAGUCUUGCUAUUCUGUUUAAGGCAGGUAGGAAGAUAACAUUCUCCCUAGAAUUUGUGUACAAGGAAGUUACCGAUCAGUCUGCCACGGGCGCACGAUCUGGGAAGAAGAAAAGAAAAACCCAGAGCGAGGUCCAGAAGGAGAAGAUGGUCGCUGAGUCAGGCCUCUGGAAUCGCGUUUACAAACGCAAUCGCUGUAGAGCCAAAUACUGCAAAAAGAGGCCGCAUUGUCUGGUAGAUCACCAGGGGAAUCACCGCAAGCUGCAUUACAAAGAUCUCAAGGCUAUCAAUGACCAUUACAAGGAUAACAUGAAAGAGGGCGAAACAUUUGCUGACGUUGAUAUCACCGGUCCAAUCCCCUCGCACAUCUUUGAACAGAUCUUGAGUAGAUCUGAUGACUCCGAGGGUGAUCCUGCCGAAGAGCUCAACAAGUACUUCACUUUCCUCCUGACUGAAGUGCAAAGUGAUAGGAACAGAGCAGAAUUAGAGGCUGGAAUGAAGUUUGCCAGAGAGCAGUGCUUUGAGUUGAACUCCAUGGAGGAGCAUCCUCAGAUGGUCGUCACUGCAAUGGUGAGGGGGAAUGUUAAGUGCGGCAGUGCUUUGCACAUGGUUGGGAACAUAAAGAGAUAUAAGAAAGCAGCAAGCAUCAUGCGACGAAGAAGUUAA